UUGCUGUUGUUGUUGUUGUUGUUGUUGUUGUUGUUGUUGUUGUUGUUGUUGCUGUUGCUGUUGUUGUAUUCGUAGCGACUGUUUGACGUUGCCGCCGUAGUGGUAGCGGUCGACGGUGAUCGUUGGAUCGAUCGACGUGUCGACAAUCCUGUUUGCCGGCGAGAAUCCUCUUAGUGCACCACAGAAGUGCAUUUUUCUACAUGUCACACUACCUUGUAUAUUGGUAUUGACACUGUGGGAUGUACGGUAGCAUUGGUUUUGGCUUGAGAAAAUGCUUCCACCAUCGCCACUGAUGCCAGAAAGUCAAAAAUCAAGAGAAAACGGUAACCUCUAGUUUAAUUGCCACUGAGAAAUUACACGGCCACAAAAUGGACUUCUAGAUGAAACCACUGCGACGGGCAUGUUCAUAUUGACAAAGUAGUCAUGGUGAGUGCCUUUUGAUUGUUGCCAUGAGAGUGACAAAGUACAUCUACUUUGGAGGAGGGAGGUGUGACAAGAAAAAAUGUUGGUGGGUGACUUGUUUUUGAUGUGGUGGUGUUUAGUGAUGCUAGCAAGCUACCAGCACCGGUAUCGCUGAGCUUCACUGUGUGGUACAACGUGGACCAGUACAGUGCAUCAACCGCCGGUGGAAAAGAACUGUUCCGCGGUAUUCCAGGGACCACCCAGGAUGGAACCUGUCUUGAGAAAUGGAACCGGUCUUCUGACUGGUAGCAAGGAAUGAUCAAUCGAAUCGAAUCGAAUCAGACCCCAAACAAGAGGAAGAACAUAAGAAAGCAACGAAGUGCAUUUUCGUUGUUUGACGACUCUGCGUCUGCUUGAUAACCGGUAGGUACCAACCUCAGAAGCAACUGAAGCUUGUCAUUCACACCAAAUAGUAACAACAAACAGCAACUGAUACAACAUCGUCAUCAUCAUCAACAACCAUGGUGCAAGGAAUUGCGUUUUUGUCGAAAAAGUCAUGGCACACCAAGACGUUGGCAAAUCAGGAGAGGGUGUGGAAAGCGGAACGAGCGCAAGAAACCGAAGAAAGGCGCACCAAGGAACUAGCUCGUCAGAUUCAACAAGAACGCGAACAAGAUGAGUUUGACAAACUGGCUGGAAAAAAGAGUCACAUUGAUCGUGGUAUUAACUGGAUGUACCAAGGCCAAGCAGCGUCCGGUGGCACUGAUAAACCGUCCGAAUUAGAGCAAGAAGAUGCGGAGAAACGUGCCGAAGCGUAUUUGCUGGGCAAGGAGGUUUCCGGCGAGACUGCCGCACACGGUGACUUUACACAAGGCGGUGCGGGUGAUGGAGUCAAUGCCGUCGUUCGUCUGGAAGACCCCAUGGCGAUGGCGGCUGCUGCCUCUGCUUCGGGAGAACCGUCCGUUGCGGAACGAAAUGAAGCCUUUCGUCAACAGAUGGAAGACCCCAUGUAUCGCGUCGGUAUGAAGGAACGAGAGAAAAAGACUGAAGCCGAAAAGCAACGUGCACUCUUUGAACGCGUCAUGGGGCCUAUCGACAGUGACGAUGACGAUGACAACAAUUCGCAGGAUGGAAAAAAGAAAUCCAAACAGGAACGCAAACGCGAGAAAAAAGAACGCAAGGAGCGACUUAGAAAAGAAGAACGAAAGAGGAAGCGAAAACAUCAUCAUCGUCAUCGCAGUAGCCACUCCAGCAGCGACGAUGAUUCCGAAGAGGAACACGAGCGUAGAAGACACAGGCAACAUGACAGGAGGCGUGGUCGCGAUGACGACCGCAAGAGGAGCAGCAAAAAGAAGAGGCGACACAGUCGAAGCAGGAGCCGAAGUAGAAGCAGAAGUGAAUCGCCGGAACCGAGGCAUAGGAAUUACCGUGAACGAGAAUGGGAUGAACGAAAAAGCCGUCGUCACUACCAUGACAGUGGCCGGGAUCGCCGUGGCAGUAGACGAGAAGAGGAGACUGAUCGACACCGCAACCAAAGCCACCACCAUGCCAAACGCGAGGAGGGGCGCAUCAAGAAGGCAGGAUUUGGGUUGCAAGGAAAGGGAGCAGAAAAGAGUCGUCAUUAUGCUACGCAGGACUUGGGACCGGCCAAGGAUUUGCUGCGCCAAACAGAAAAGCAAAGAGAGGAAGAACGCCGAAAAACUCGUGAUAGAGCAUCAUCACGAAGAACCAUGACAGCAGAAGAGCGAGCCCAAGCUUUACAGGAGAUGCAAACGACUGCAGAGGAACGAAUGCACCGCGGUUUGAGCAAACGAGACCGAGAUGAGGAAGAUGAAAAACCCAUGCAGCGUGGGAAUGCUGCCUUCCUUAAAGACAUGAACGAAGAAGCUCAUGGACUCAAGGGAGGCAAGUCUAUGGCGCAACGAAUGAGAGAAAACAGGAACACGCAGCAACGGACGCACGAUAAGUCGUUCUUGUAGUGGGUGGUUUCAAUGUAUGCCCGGUACUGCGGUACCAGUAUCAUUACGAGGAUGUGCGCUUUGUACGAGGAUCAAGGCCUACCGUACGUUUCUCAAUGGAUGCACCGGCACCACUACUUACUAGAGCUACUAGUGAGCUCAAGACGAGAUGCAAUAGCUUAUAUGUAGUGGUAUGUUUUACUUUAGUCCUGGCAGUAUACGGUUGCAGGUUCGUUAAG